GUAUCAUACUGGUUUCAUUUGCAAGAUCGUGUACGCCAAAAAAUUUUUCUGAUUGAAGUCUGCAUAUUUAUCACUGCAAAAUGUCUGGUUCAAAUAAAUCUCCCGUGAAGAUUGCGGAACAUAACUCAGUUGAUCCUAAUUAUGUUGUUCAUUCGAGCUCAAACCCUAUUGACCAUGUUGAUGAGUUGGAAGAUAAGCAAAAACAAAAUUCUUCAAGGAGGUCUUCUUCUGACCCUUCCCUAAUGACACCAAAUUUUGGUGCCAACCCUUCUGAUGAUGAUUCAUGGAAAACAACCUCCUCAUUGGGAGCUUUUUCUAGACUUUGUUCAUCUUCAUCAAUUGAUGUAAUCAAUGCAUCUAGACUUACUGCAUUAUUGAGUCUAGCGGAAGGCAAGUACAUGAACUAUGCUGCUUACAUGACUGAGGGGAAUACAGAGAGUGUCAAUAGGAGCCUGAAGAUAGCUGAGGAAAAAACCGAGGAUGCUACCAAAACUUUGGUCACCUUGCACCACCAGGGUGAGCAAAUUACCCGGACCCCCAUGGUUGCUACUGACAUUGAUCAGAAUUUGGGAGUAAUAUGUGAUAUAAUCAGUGAAUCUAACACGAAUAUGAGAUGA